GCCGAGCAGCAGGCAUGGGAGCAAGAGGGGAAAAAGAAGAAUGGAACCACGGAAAAAGCUCUCCCGACCGAAGACAAAGGCCACAUCCUCCUCAUCAUCAUCAUCGUCGUGUGCGGCUUGGUCGGCUGUUUGGUGCUGAUCAUCGUCGUCACACUCAUCUACUGCAUGACGCACCGAAGCAAGAAGAAGAAGAACAAGUCGACCUCGUCGAAAAAGCCGGACAAGAAGUCAGCCAAAAAGUCUACGAAGUCGUCCAAGUCGUCCAAGUCAAGUCACACAGGAAGUGAGAAUCCGAAGGUGUCGAAGAAGCCGAAGCCCCCGCCCGUCAACCCGAACGAGGCGCACGACAACAUGUUCCAACAGACAAAGCAAUUCCCCGAGGAAGAGGACAAUGGUGGCGGCGAUCCGAUGAUGCGCGUC